AAACCGGUGUCACACUCUUAUGCACAAAUAUUCAAGCAUGCUAACUGAUAAGCGUAAAUAUUUGGAAAGUAUAUAUAUAUAACAAAAUAAAUGCAAAUUAAAGAAGAAGUAAUGUGUUGUGUUGUUUGAACAAGUGGUAAACGCUCACAAUGUAUGUACUUCAUAGUUUGUUGAUCUCUCUAGUGACGUCCACGACUUAUUCAUACAAUUUAAAAUGUCCGGAUGUAUCUCAGAGACCACUAAGAGCAUCAGCAUAUUGUGCAAGCAGUUUUAGAUCAGAAUACACGUGUCUCUAUGAUACAAAUAGGCUAUGGUUUUCUGAGCAGUGUGACAAGAAUCCAGAUUAUGUAACGCGUGGCGAAAAAUAUGUAGUAACUGGACGUCUUAGAAAUGUCGAUUGUUCGUCAGAACGAUAUCAGCCUUUUCCAUUAUGGUCUAAUGUUAGUGGAGUUUGCCUGUUUAAAAAGACGCUAUGUAAAGGAGAGGGUCAAGUUGUCUUUGAUAAUGGUACCCUUAUUUCAGAUGGAGCGUGCCGCUGUGAUUACACAAGAGGCUUUAAAUUUAUUCAACAACCGAAACACAACUGCUUUUGUAUACCAUCAACUGAAGAUUGUUCCUGUCACAUCAGUAAAUGUGCUACUGGCUCUAUUUUAUCACCAGAUUAUGAAUGUGUAGGAGUAACAUAUCAAAAUGAAUCAAAAUGUCCUGCUAUUGGGGAGAAAAGGUAG